UGUGGGACAGAGAUCAAGUUGGCGCGUCUUCCAAUCCACCUGCAACUGUAACAGAUGCAGCAGAGCAAGCCGCCGGAAGGGAAGGCUGUUCCCAUGAUCAAUUCUUUUUUGAAUCUUUGUCGUGUCUGCCCUGUCCCCACGGACGACAAGGUGAAUUCGGAAUACAAGCGGAACUUUACGUGGCAUGAUGGUUACCAGGCAACGAAGGUGGAUGUCGUGCGAAAUGCACCCUCGCUACCGUCUGCAGAACCGUCGCUCUCAAGGAAAAAGAAAUACAUUGGCCAGCUGACUCGUGACCAUCUGCUAUAUGAUAAAGAUGAAGGGGAAUCAUCGGACUCUUUGGAAAUCGGCUCGCAACUUGGUCUCACGUCCCAGGAGUCGGACUCCAGAGCCAGAUCAGAGGAAAGGAACCAUACUAAGAAUCGAGCAUCUCCAAGAAGCCGAUCUGCUGAUUCUACCAUCAGUAGAAGGUUAAAAGCUACACCGAUUUCUGAUGAAGAUAUUAAGGCUCCAUCAAAAGCAGCUGAUGACAGCGACUCCAGAAAAAUGGAGGAAAAACAACCGUUAAUGAGUCAAAGUUACCCUCCAAGCACGAAUCCUCGAGGUAACCCGGGUACUCCGGAUCUGCCUGACGAAGGGGUUGUGCCCAAGACCACAGAGUACCGGUCUCAGUUUGUGGCCUGGCCCCGACCUCCGGGCGAGAGUUGCGUCCCCACGGCCAGAAAAUCAGCGUCCAUGGGUCUCAUUGCUCCCCAGUUCCUGAAAAAAGAUGCAGUCGACGGUGAAGUUCCUUCCGGAGAACUGUGGAAUGCAAUGCCUGAUGAAGAUGAUGAUGAUGCAGCUCUCGAUGCUGUUAAACGAGGCCGGAUAAAAAAGACGGAAUACAAAUCCAAGUUCCGACCUUUCUCUGCUUACACUUAUGUUGAUGGAAGCUGGAAAAAAGCUACGAGAUUAAUUAAAGACAGGGCAGUUGAUGAUAUGGACAUAUAUAGUUCUUACUCCUAUCCUCUCAUUGAUGGCCAUUUCACUGAUAGCGAAUCCGCUUCCGAAGCUGAUCAGCAUGCUUGGUAUUCUGAAGUAGUGGAGAGGCUAAAGAAAGCUGACCAAUACCGAGCUAGGAGCCAUACAGGUGCUCCUCUUUAUGGAUCUGAACAACUGCCGUUGGAUUUGCUCGUGCGAGAUCGUACUAUCUUAUCUCCUGUUUCCGUGGCGUCUUCAUCCAGGACGUGGAAAGAUGAGCGACCUAUCAAGGAGAGGGGCCGUCCUGCCCCUGUGCCUGUUCAUCAUCGCAAGGAAAAAAAAGAACCCACGGAAGAACAUUCGAGAUCUCGCGAAGGUUCCACAAAAAAGAAGUCGCAAGUAGAGAAAACUACAGUGAGGCCUAAGUCAGCGGAGCCUGUGAUUCCUGUGGCCAAAAGCGAACAUAAAUCGCCCAAGAGGACCCGGCCCAGGGCUCCUAAGGACCUGCCCGUUCACGGACACGGUGAUCUCUCAGGGAGGAAGAAGGCUUACAAGCAAAGCACUGAGAAAUCGUCGCCUGUUGGAAUGAAGCCAAGAGCCGUCCCUCGUCCUCAGCAGGCGAGUGACGAUGGAAAAGUAUGGAUGAAGCCGGAUUCCAAAGAGGAGGCGAAGGCAGGAGAUGGAGCCAAGGAGGAGGAGCAGCUCGUAAACGGGUUUGCAUCCGAAGAAUCCGAAACGGGAAAGAUGGUGAACGGCGAAGGACCCGAUGAGCAAUCCGUCCAACAGAAAAUGAGAGAGGACGCUAAGUUGAAUGGAGAACAUUAUGUCGCUCCUCUUACAAAACCCCCAAUGAAAGUCCCGCUCACUACUGUCAAAUCACCGGAAGAAGUGACAGGCGUCCGAUCUCCUGAUCCCGAAUCAUGGACUGUGCCUUUGGAAAUUGGGAAAGGCCUACACUGGAUGGAUGGAAAAACACCAGAUGGCGUCCAAGCAAAAGGGCCACCCAUUCUCCUAUCUAAGCGACUUAAAGAGUCUUCCUUGGUAGGCAAAAGCCAGAAAGAUAUAGUGAUCUGUGAUCCAGGCAGCGAAACGACGGGAGAAAGUGUUGACCUAUAAUUUAUCUGCUUAUUAGCUCUUUCGCCAAAUCUCACCGACCACAGCCAUCAGUCACCGAGGACUCGAAAAUGAACUCUGUGAAAGUGGAUAUCCAUUUUAUUUCAGUUUCCAGUCGCUUGCUGAAUAUCCCUCAGUAUCCCGCUGUUUUACAGUCAAUAAAUGGGUGAUUCUCAUUCAGCGGGACGAGUACCCCCACAGUGAUGAACUGAUUUUGGAUGUUUAAAGGCUGAGGCUGUUCGAGUCACUUUCGGGCUUUGUAGAGAUUGGUAGAUUUAUCAAGUAAUAUACAGCGAUAAAACUGUGCUCACUUCGAUUUUCUAAAUAGCAUGUUCAGCACAAACUCAACAAUCCAAAUAUAGAUAUAUUUUCAAAGAUUUAUAUUCUUCUAGAAAAUGCAACUUGCAGUAAAGUUAAUAAAUUAGGCGGCUUAAAUAGACAGCAAGGUUGAAUAGGAUAGGUGACGCUUCUUUAAAAAUCUGUUUAUUGAAAACGAGAUCUAGCAUGGUUACUGAACAUAUUUUAUCACUUGAACGCGAAAAUACGGAUUACCUCUAAUCAUUUUGCUAAGUAUUGGCCGAAACAAAAAUAUUAUUGUCUAUAUGAAGCCAACUUUUAUAUAGCAGUGAACGAUUGGCAAUAAUAGUACAUGUUCUUCAAUAAAACUUUGUCAAAGAAGUGACCAUGAUAUAAUGCAUAAUAAAAAUAAGAAUUACAUUUAAUCUUCUUCAUUCAUGAUUAUAAGCAACAGAUCUCCAAAGAUCUAUCAGCUGAUUACUGAAUAGUUUUCUAAUAAAAGCACGGAAGAUAUUGCAACAGAACUGUAAGGGAUUAUUUGUAAAUCUGCUAACUUCUUGAGAAAUGUCAUAAAACAGUAUCCGGUAAAUUAUUUGAGGGCUAAGACUUUCAAGCAACUUUUUUGUUCUGAAACAGACCAGUUUGCUUUUUACAUGCCUAAAUUAAGAUACUGGACCAGGGAUUAGAAUAUAUUUCUUCCGGGAGUAUUCUAUGCAUCGGCGUUCACGCGCCGCUCUUUUCACAAUUAAAAAGAAAAUCAUUCCUAAAUCUAUAACUUUUCAACCAUUAAAACUGUAUAUAUGUGUUCAAAAAAUUGUAUCAUAAUAUAGUUAAAAUUAUAUAUAUGCAUACAUCUUUUCACCUAAUUUAUUGAAAAGAAUAUGGUGAAGAAAUGGACUUGCAUACGAAGUAAAAAUGCAUUUUCCAGCUGCAACUUAUAAAAAUGCCUUCCCAACGUUUUGAGAAUUGAAUCUAAGUCUUCAAACAUUGGAAAUUUAAUGUUAAAAACUCUCAAAAAUUUCUUCCAGAAAAACAAUUUAUUCAUAAUUAUCAUACAACCCUCAAAUUUGGAUACGAAAUAGUAAGAAUGGGAAGAAACCGUUUUUCUUCUGGAUGUGCCAAUACUUAAUUUUGUUAGAAUAUAACAGAUGGGUAUCCUUACAGAGGAAAUAAUAUCUUCGCGCUGCAUACUAUAAAGUCUAGUUUUUGGAUUGCAGGACAGAUUCCAGUGAACAUGAUUUUGUGUUUUGCCAUUUAAAAAAAAUGCAAGAUACUAAUAAUACAUAAAAAUUUAAACAAAGGGAGAGAUAAUACCUUAUACAAAUACUCUCACAAUUUAUUUGGCUUCACUUAGUCUAAAAACACAACACAUUUACCGAAUAUGCUUUUGAAUGAAAUCUAUAUUAACAUUUUUUCCCGUUAGUUCCUUUCUUUUCGAAAUGAAAUUCUUAAUCAUUUAAGUUACUUUUAUAAAUUUAAAUCAUUUAGAAUGAAAAAUAAUUCUGUCUAAAAACAUAAUGUUUUAAUUAAAAUCUUUAGGGUCAAAAACCUAAAGACGUCUACAGACAUAGAAAUGCAUUUCCAUUCAGAGUUGUAAUAUUCAUCGUUUUACUGUCCCUCACACCACGCAAAAAACAAAAACCUACAUAAUUUUUUUCUGAAAAUAUAAAUUAUAGAAAAAUGAAAUGUGUAUAAUUGGGGUACUUGUCCUGAUAGGCUUGAGAAACACUUAAUUCUUUUUAUUUCUUUACUAAUUUAGUUCUGGAGGUGGAAAUGUAAGCAUUGAGCAUCAAUUCUCUUGGAUGCUAUAGCUUAUAAGUUACAUGUUUUUUGUUAAAAAUUUCUGAAAAUGGGCACUUUUAUUUAUUACAACGUAAAUGUUCAUAAUUAUUGCAUUUAUUUAUGAAUCAUAUGUAGUAAGUGCUCUAUUUCGUAUACGAUAUCACUAAAAUAUUUCAUUGUUCAAAACAUCUAGAAACGAAAGAAUUUUUUAUUAUUGCAUUAAACAUACAAUAAUAUUUUACUUGCUAUUGUUAUUGAAUUUAAGAAAGAAACAUUUUACAUGAGUCCUGUCAAUUUAUUUGUUUGUUUGCAUAUUAUUACAGUUACAUGUUCCUUUAUUUUCAUAAAUAUGCAAAUCGCAGCUUCAUGAUCUGUAAGCCUAUAACAGAUUGAAAUCUGUAGCUUGUAAUGGUAGAUUUUUAAGAUUUUCAAGGGAAACGAAAUAAGAAUUUCAUUCAUUAGUUUGAAAAGUAGCAACAAGCGAUGAAUAUUCAUGGAAGUUAUUUUAGUUACAUUAUUUAUAUCGAAUUGUAAUUGCUACUUUUUUGGCAUUUGAAUAUCUUCAAUGAAGAUGACCCAUCCUGCAUUAAUUUGAUGUUAAAAAUUUUAGACCAAGCGGUUUCCAGUUAAUAUGUUAAAUGUUUUGUUACCACUCCACAGUUAUGAUCGAAAUCUUAAAUUAUAAUAUUCAUUUUUUUCAAGCUUUUGUCAGCUUGCGUUAAAUCAUUAGCGAAAACUUUUAAUUUUGUUCAGCUAAAAAAACAGGUAAGGAGAAUAAAAGUGUGAAAACGAUAAAAUGAGAAAAACAAUUCGAAAAAGAUUUUCACACUUUUUACUAGCUUAUCCCAAUCAGUAAGAAUAAAAAAUGCCUCAAAUUAUCUUCGUUAUUGGAUCCUAAAUUUGCGUAUUAAAAAUAAUAAUAAUAAAUGUCUUUAAAUUGAAGCUUUGGGAAAGAGACGGUAGCAUUAAUUUAAUUAGUAAAUACAGCUAACAAAUAAAUCGUGAUCAAAACGCAAAACUUAUGUGUUUGCUCUCUCAAUGCACUCAAAUGCUAAAACUUACCCACCUCCAGAUUUGAGUAGCUAUGUGUAUAUAAUGUAAAUAUGCUUAAAAAUAUUUCAUUUUCUGGUGUAGAAAAAAAAUGCAGGAUAAGAAAAUGAAAAUAUUCUUCUGUGCUUGAAAAUCGUUCCUAAUUGUGUAUGUUGUGAAUUAUUUGUUAACCUGAGCAUUACUGUACCUGUCUGUACCCUGCUGGCUUCUUUAUUGAGUUUUGGAGACGUAGAAACAUUUAACUGAUUAAAGUUUGGGAGCAAACAAUAAAUUUCGUCCCAUUCAUUUCAGAGUUCAUUAAUUUAUUUAUCUUUUUUGUGCUGGAAUUCUUUUUAAUUGCAACUCGCGUUUUUAUAUACCUUUAGCAUAAAAUAUAAUUUAUACAAAAACUUUAAAAUGCUAAGUAGUAUAAGCAGAAUUUGUUUUAAUAGACUGAUCUGUUUAUAGCAUGUUAUUCGAAGAUUAAACAAAUUUUGGCCAAUCUUUAGAAAAUAUUUAGAAUCACUUGCCAAACUAUCUCCAAAUGGUCAGCAACUGUACGUAAAACGAUAACCCACAUUUCAACAUUUUCGUUUAUCGGCAUUUACUGCUGCACUUUAUUACUGAGAUAUGUUUAAAUUUUAUUCGGUUGUUCAUAUGCAGUCUUUGUUUGAUUAUUUUUUAGAACUCUACUUCCAAGUAUGAUGAUUGGCCAAUCGUAGAACUGAAAUAAUUUUUAAAAUCUGAGUCAUUUUUUUCAAUAGUUAUUCAAUUUUUUUCAAUACGUUUUUAAAUUGUCUUUUAUUUGAUAUGAAUAUAAAUGCAUAGAAUAUUUUAUUAUAUAUAAAUUAAAUUACAAAACAAAAACUCUAUACUCAUGUAUAUUAAAUAAAAGUAUUCUACACAGACGCGUCGUUGCUUAAACAACACCUGUAUUGAAGGAAACCAAUUAUAUUCUUUAUAACUGCUGGAAAAUGGAGAAAUUCGAUUGCAGUUUGUCGAUUGCAUUAAAACUUGCGACAACAGCCCACCCCUUCACACACACACAUCUUUAACGUAAGUACGAUAAAUAGCGUUGAAUAUUCUCUGUUUUGAAAACUUGACUACUUCCCGCUAUACGCGUUGUCAUGGUUUCAGCAAUAUGUUUUUGAUCAUAGCUCUAAAAUAUACCCUUUCGUUCAGCAAUUUUGCGAUGGUAAUGCCAAACAAAAAAUGCAAUAAGGGUUAUUAUCUUCUAAAAUUUGACCCAAACUUUGUUUAAAGUGAAUUUGAUAAGUGUUGAAAAUUGUUAAUAAAUGAGCGCUAAAACGUAAAUGGUAUAAAUUUCUUGUUUCUCCUAGGAUUGUUAUCUGAGUUACAAAAUCACAAGAUUUUUUUUGUCUUAGAUUGUCAAAGAAAUUGUUGCUUUUAUGACGUUAGUUGGCUUACAUUAAACGUGACCCUCGAUUUUUUUUUCAUUUUAUUAAAAAGUUAUUUUCAGUUCAGCGUCUAAAAAGGGGACAGAAGGAAAAAAAAGGCUUGACUUAAAAUAUACAAAACACUUGUUUCAGUUUCCAUACUAUAUUCUUUUGCGAAAAUUGAGAAAUAUUAUUGAAAAGUAAACUCGAGAUUAAAAAUUUUUGUCACAAUUUCGAAACGGAAUUUUUAUUUGCAAAAUUUGUUAAACAAACGACAUCGUAGUUCGUGAAGGCAUUUUUCAACUUAAAUAUAACCUUCUUUGCAGAUUUACUAGGGAUUCUAGUGCUCUUCGAUUCAGAGUUUUAAUUUUCUAUUUAGUUGUGCUAUAUGUAGUUCUUUUUCAAAGCGAAAAGGCUGUUAAUUCGAAAAGAAGAGAUUGUCAUCAUUAAAGCAAAAAAUAGAAACAUCAAUAAAAUUGAGAAUGAUGACAAUAUAAAUAUUUUGAUAGUAAGCAUAUGUAGGUGAAGCAUGCAAUCGAGUUUGAAAAAACUCGUCUAGAUAAGGAUAAUAAAAUGAUAUUAACUAUCAUGAAUGACCCAGAGAAGAUAGUAUUCUUACAAGUUUAUCGGGAAUUGUAGCUAUUCGAAAGAAGCCCUUUUUCAUGACUGCUUGGAUGAUUGUUGAUAUCUGCAUACAUGUAAAAAUACUUUUGUGAGUCUGAUCGUGCUCCAGUUGCUGAAUCACUUAUGAUAUGCAUAUAAAAUCUAAAUUGAAAGAAUCUAGAUCGAAAUCUACUUAUAGUUAUUCUAAAAAAUAUCAUUCUUGUUCGCAAAUUAAUGUGUGUAAAAUUAUUAGAACAUUGUAAGUUAUACGGGUAAGCGCGAAGUAGAAAGAUUGCAUAAAAGUAGCAACAGAAAAUUUUGCUUACGCCCGAAAGUUUUUCGCAGGUGAUUGACUAUAUCUUAGCGUGAAAGAAAGAAAGUAAUCCAGGUUGGUCUAGUUAGGUAACAUUUUGAAGUAUAAAAAUGAGUCCAGACAACUAUCAUUUUGCCAAUGCUAUUUUAGUGCAUGAAGCGCACUGCCAAAAUGGAAUGCGCUAGUUAUUGUACUAAAGUUUGAAUUCCAGUAUUUAGAUCAAGGUGAACUUUCUGAACACAAGUGUAAAUAACUUCAGAAUUAAUCUGUAAUCUGUGAUACUGUUGGCGACUUUUGUACACGUUUUCAAAUACGGUGAGAAUGCCUAAUAAAUUUAAGUAUAUUUAAGGAGGUUCCAAGUUAUGUUUAUACAGUGUAUUUUUAAAGUUUGCUUGCAGUGAGUUGCCACAUAUUUUUCCCAAAACCAAUAUUCAUAUCAUAAAUUAAGGAUUAAACGGUUUCAGUUUCAAUAAGGACCGAACUGGUUUUUGUACGCUGUGCUAUGACGAUGCUGAUGUAAAAUAUUAUUUUCAAAUUAAUAAAUAAAUAAUUAACUGUAUUAUUCCAGAAAUUUUCUUAAUAAACUGGCGGAUGGUAUACUUUGGCAAACACUUGUGAGGGAUGAAUUAGAUAACACUAAUAUAUCAUUCAUGGCUUAAAAAUGAUAAAAAAUGAAUAGUAAUAUACAAUAAUAAUGUUUGUUUUUAGGAUGACUAUCAACUGGGUAUAUAUUCUUUUGAUGUAACAACAAAUAUUCUUUCUGUUACUGUGUUUUCUGUUUUGUUAUUUUUAUAAUGAACGUUAUAAAGUUUGCUAUUCUAUUUAAAUUUAGUAAACAUGUAUUUCCUUUUCGCGUAUUAUUCGUAAAAGUUCCGUUUACCAGUCCAAGAAAAAUCUGCAUAUAUGUGCAAGCUAUUAAAGUGUUAUUCGUAACAAUAUAUUUGAAAUGAAGGCAGAAGUUUAUAACAGUAAUUUCUAAUUUUUACGCAACUACACUAGUGUUCUAUAAAGUUCUAACUAGCGCAUUGCUAUAUAAUUUAUAGAAAUUCUAUGAUGAAUAUCAAGUAUUACGUUUGCCGAAUUUUUCGAUGUGCAGAAUAAAUUUUUUAAUGUAUGGCUAAUAAACAUCAAUCAAGGAAGAAUCAUAAGAUUUAAAUUCAUCACAUCACACUGCCUUUUUUUGCAUAACCUUUUCCAUUUGGGCAUUGCUUGUGCCCAUAUGUUAUCUUUGACGUAGAAAGUAGUAAAGUUUCAAAAACUAGAUUUUAGAAAAAUAAGGAAUUGUAGCAAUGGUUGGGACUAAGUAUCAACACCCUAUUUAUCUUUGUAUAGUAAUUCAUGCAUACAUAUAAAUAUUUAUGAAUGUAUAAUAUAUAUAGGUAAUUUUUAAUAUCAUCAACUUACUUAAUCUUGCUUAUAGACUAAAUAUGCGCUAAAGUAUUUUGUAUAGAUUAUGAAAUUCUCAUAUCGCGCUAAAAUUCAAAACGCGAAAGGUCUCACGACAAUCAUCUUAUUUAUAUUAAUUUUUAUUAAUAUGAAUUACAACGUACUGUACAUCAUUAUUAAUAAAAAUAUUUUAGUAGAAAAUUUUAUUUGACUGGCAUUUGCAUUACACAAACCCUAACAGUUACUUUAUGAAAUACAUCAAAAUAAUAAAGAAUUAUAAUUUGUUAAACCUAUAAACCUGAAUAUUCUAGAAAUAUAUCUUCGUUUUUGAAAAUAUCAAUAGAUAUAAGCAUUUCAAGUAACAAUCGCAACCGUACAUACGAUAGCAAAAGAAACUCAAUCAACACUAUGUGUUCUCCGGUUUAUGUGUUUCAAAAACUGUCAAUUGUAACUGUUUCGUAGUUUUUGUUUACGAUCCACGGCAGAGUGCGUCCCCAAAAUAUUUUCAGAUAUCAUUUAAAUAGCAUGGUGUUACUAAGUGUAAUACAUUUAUUUCUUUUUGUAGUAUACCACCAAAAAUAGGAUAAAUUUACUUUUUAUAAAAUUUAAGUAAGAUUAUUAAGCUUAAAUGAAAAAUCAACUAAUCGAAUAAAAGUAUAAAAUUUCCGAUGAUUUCUCUUAAGUUUGACGCUGACCUUAUUUUAAUUUAGUAAUUAAAUGCAUAAUAUUAUUUUAAUUUUAGUAAUUAAAUUUAAGAAUAAAAAUCAGCGAAAAACUUCUGAGUAAUUGAUCUUGUUCGAAUGCUAUGUUCAUGUAAUAUCAAAAUAAAUAGAACAAAAUGGGAUAAAAUAUUGAAAAUAUGAUUUUAUAAAGAUGGAUAAUAAACAGACUAUUUUGUUAUUAAGUUUACUACUGCUUUCUGCCUUGGUUGACAUUUCUUAUAGAAUCGUUAAUAUUUUAAUCUCAUGUUACUAUAUGGUACCCUCAUUCAGAAAAAUGUCUAUAUAAAGACUAUUUUUGUUUAUAUUUUUAAACUCAAUUUUUUUCUUCGAAGAUAUCUAUACUAUCUGUAUCUAUGAGAUACAACAAAAAACGACUAUAUUUUAUUUUGCGUUAUAUUUUAUUACUUGCUUAAUAUGAUGCAAAUUAGAAAUAUUACUUUUAAUUAAAAAAGCGAAGUUUUUCUACUAAGAGCAAAUAUAAUAUGAAAAUACGGAGAAACCGCUGUGCCGGUUUAAGGUAUUUAUUACUGUUUUAUUUACUUCAGCAUAAAACAUGUGUUUGACGUAAAUUAUUACUUUUUGAUUUGCGAUCAGUUCUGUUAAAGUCUAUAUGGACCAGAUGUUGUUCCAAUAACUUUUACAAACCAUUCAGAACAACUUAGACAAGUUGUAUCAAGGUUACUGACAAUGUGUGUCUCUGAAAGGCAAACGUACUUUUUUCUAAACGACUAGUUCGUAAGUUUUACAUUUCAUAUUCCAUAUUUGAACGAUUUAAAAAUAUAUGUAAUUAAACAAAUGAUUAUUAAUAAGAUUCAAAUUCUUAUCAAUGAUUUAUUUUUCCAGAGUAAGGGUUGCUGCAGCGAGCUAGCCAUCUAGUCAGUUAAAACAAAACACGAUUAUUGUUAGGCUGUUAGUGUGUCAAAAUACGUGCCGUAUUAAGCACACCACACACAUACAAAGCAGGAUGUUAUCUUUAAUUCUGCGAACCAUGACGAAAUUUCAACGUACGUAAAUAAACUAUCUGAAAAACAAAAUUAGGAUAGGUAAAGGCAAGAAUUAACACAGGAAUUUCUAUAUGCUAGGAUGUUCAACUUUUCAAAAAAUAAAAUUUUUGGAAACUUUUUCCAAAACAAUUUUUUGGAAUAUUUGCUUUACAUAUUUAAAUUAUAUUCAUCGCUUUACAGUCUUAUAGAGUAUUAUUCGAGCGCUCUUAUAAUUUAAAGUAAUUAUUUUUUGUAAUUCCGCAAUACCAUAUUUUCUCGUGGACCUUUCCCCUCCUUUUUUACUAAUUUUAUGGUCUGAAAAUCGAGAAAGGAAAAUUAUGCGAACAAUUUAAUUUCCAAAGGAUAUGAUUGCAGUUAGAUAACAAAUGAAAAGUAGUCAUGGAUAAAUUACAGGCUACUAUUAGAAUAUUAUUUCUUUAAAAGAAACCGACAUUGCUAUAAAAAUACAUCGUAAUGUUAGCAUUACAAUAUAUAAUAAGCUAUCUUCAUUUGUGCUUUCCUGUAACUUGAAUCUCGCCCGAUGUUAUUGUUUUCUUUGCUACUCCUUAAGUCUCGGAUCAUUUAUAAAUUAUAAAAGAAGGUGAAUAUAUAGCUGACUCAAAGAAAUCAUAAACUCAAUGACAGUUCGUAUUUCCUUCGCUGUGAUGUUUCAAUUCACGUAUUAGGCUGGCACAAAAUUCAACAUUAGAAAAGAAAGUUUCAGCGUGACCUUCUCAGGUAGUUUGCAAAGGUUUACUUCUUUUAGUAACACAAAAACAGUUACUACGCGGACGAACCCAUUUUAAAAUUUAGGGAAAUCAUUUUUUGAAACACUGACAAAAGAAAAUGUACGCGAAUAUUUCUAAAAUUUUCAGAAACUAGCUCUAAAAUGCUAGGAGGGGGGAAAACUCGAGGAAUACGGUUAUUUCAUUUAUAUUUAGUUUUCUCGUAGAUUAUGUAUGUCUCUUACUCUAACCUUUUUAAUUUACAUGUCAAAAAAUUAUCACUCGAACACAUUAAACUGAGCUUUUAAAAUGUAAGACUUUUGAAUAAAACGUAAACACACUGCGAUUAAAAAGCCCUUUUUCUGAGUUCUAGAGAGAUAAACAUGUUCACUGACGUUGAGUUCAAGCUAAAGAUUGCAAUUAAUCUCGCUUUGAGAAAACAACUCAAAGAGAUGAGUUCGAGGAAAUUUUUUUUUCCUGAUCGAGCUUCUAGAAGAUACUCAAUAGAAUCCCGCUUAAAAAUAUAUUAACACUCAAAACAAACUCUUACAACUCACAGACAACAUUAACAUAAAAUUAAAAUGCUGAACUUUCCAAACACUGCAAUUAUUGCCAGUUAUUUAAUAUAUCGAGCUUAACACUGUUUAAAAGUCUAAAUUACAAUUCACCUGAACUUAGUACUGUCCAUUGCUGCAUUUUAAUAUAAAAUUAGCACUUUUUGAAAGAAUUCAAAUCAAAUCAAAAUUUAUUUCUUCACUUCAAAUUUUGUUACUUUCUCUUUUAUCCUGGAAAAAAAUCCAUUCUAAUUUGAAAGAACAUAAAAUUUUCUAAAAAGAUACAAAUAAGUAUCAGAUAAUCCUUCAAUUAAAAGAAGAAACGAAAAUAAUACGAGACGUAAUUUAAAUAACAUUUUUAACCAUAUAAAAAAUAUUUUAAUUUACUUUCACAUGUAAUGUUGCUCAAAUGUGUAAUAAUAGUUUCUAACAGUACUAGUAACCUGUGUUAAUAUAUUAACUAAUGUUAAGUUGUGUUAAAUCCUAUGUUUAUCAUGAGAGCUUAUAAUUUUCUUUUUAUAAAAUAUUAGUUAUCAAAGUAUUAAUUAUUGAUAUUUAUUACUAGAGUAAAAAUUAUAUCAUUAUUGCCUUAUUGAAACGAUACUUCAUUGUGUAUAUAAAAUAUUUAUAUAUACAUAUAUUAAUUUUUAUUGAACAUUCUUUUUCCAUUUAUAAAAAAGUCGGUUUAUUAAUUGUAAGAGUGUGUCAAAACUUAGUAUUUUACCUUUAUUUCUAACUGAUCAAAAUACGAGAGCAAUUGUAUGCAUGUUGUGACAUGUACGUACAAUGUUUGUUGGCAAAUCCUUUCUGUUGUCCAAAAACACUAAGUUUUGCCGGCAUUUUUAUCAGCAUGCUGUGUGUGUAUCUCAAGUUAAUGCUACCACUGAGCAUCAAAAAGUUUUCGAUUGUUCUUUGGUGUGAGUUGUAGUGAUGAUUGAGCUUUCUAAGACACAGUAAAUAAAAAGUCAUUCCAAUAAAAA